UUUCCAGUUUUUCUAUAUUCAACAUGUUUGAAAAGGAAUAGGAAGAAUCAUUGGUGUUGGCCGUAAACCACUCCAAACACAUUUGUGAAAAACUUCCACCGAGCAAAAGUGGUCGUUUUCUGCCGUACAAAUCAGGCCAAAACCGACUCUUUGUCCGUCAUAUCAACAACAGCUGCUUUCUCUAACUACCGCAUUUUUUGGAGUAUAAGUCGCUCCGGAGUAUUAGUCGCACCUGACGAAAAUGCAAAAUAAAGAAGGAAAAAAACAUAUAUAAGUCACAUUUUUGGGGGAAAUUUACCCAACACCAAGAAUAGACAUUUGAAAGGCAAUUUAAAAUAAAUAAAGAAUAGUGUACAACAAGCUGAAUAAGUGUACGUUAUAUGAUGCAUAAAUAACUAACCGAGAAUGUGCCUGGUAUGUUAACAUAAAUGGUAAAUGGUAACUGGUUGUACUUGUAUAGCGUUUUUCUACCCCUUUUUUUUAAGGAGCCCAACGCGCUUUGACAGUAUUUCCACAUUCACCCAUUCACACACUGAUGGUGGGAGCUGCCAUGCAGAGUGCUAACCAGGACCCAUCAGGAGCAAGGGUGAAGUGUCUUGCUCAAGGACACAACGGACGUGACUAGGAUGGUCGAAGGUGGGGAUUGAACCAAUAACCCUCAGAUUGCUGGCACGGCCACACUCACAACUUCGCCACGCCGUCCCCAUGUAACAUAUUAUGGUUGUCUAAGGUGGGAAACACACCUGAAGUUUCAGGAUUAAAAAUAAAUAAAUCAGGUCCUCGGAGUGAAGAAAAGUCUGAGACUAUUUCAAACAUGCCAAAAUCUUUCCUGGUGAAGAAGAAACGAGGUACCUUGAGGGAAUGGAGAGAGUCGCCGCCAACUGAGUGGGAAGAAACAAACACGGCUGACACAUAUUUUAGGCAUCCAGGAGAAGAUAGAGGUGAUGUGAAUGCCCAGGAAUCUAACCCUGACCACACACUCCACCAUCUCUCCAAGUACACAGAGAUAAAGAGUAGUAAGCAGCUAUCUUGGAGUUUGGAUGCUCAACAAAGUGCCACUGUGCUUCAGCAACAAUCAGUCUUUGUGAUCCCGAUGACAAUGCCAAGACUCUUGGCUGCAUCUGGAAGAAUGGUUGCAGACCAAAUGCACGGCUGGUCCCCAAGAACGCUUCAAAACUCUUUCCCCCAUCCCGCGGCUGAAAAUCUCGCCAGCAGAGCAAAGCCCGGUUCCGGUAACUUUGUGUGCACGGUGUGCCACAAGAUGUUUCCCCUGCAACGCAUACUGACUCGCCACAUGAAGUGCCAUAGUUUGGUGAAGAGACACCUUUGUCCUUUUUGUGGGAAAGGAUUUAAUGAUACUUUCGACCUGAAGAGACAUAUGCGAACACACACAGGUAUACGCCCCUACAAGUGUGAGCUUUGCGAAAAGGCCUUCACACAACGAUGCUCACUGGAGUCCCACUUGAGGAAGAUUCACGGCAUCUACCAACAGUACGCCUAUCGACAGAGGCGUUCCAAAAUCUUUGUGUGUGAAGAUUGUGGUUACACCGCAGUUUGUCCUGAUGAGUACUUUCUCCAUGUGAGACAAUGCCACCCUGGUAGCCCCGCCCUCCGCAGAUACUUUCGCCACAAAGCACAAAACAAUUGCAAUUUCGCAUCUGAUGAUGGUAAGGCCAGCCCCUAUUUCAUGUACCCCACUCCUGCAUUUUACAUGUAAGGUCUCUUUUGGUUUCAUUUUGAUGGUUACGAUUGGUUAAGUUUUGCUAAAUGUUAAGUUUACCCUCUUAGAAAGAUAUGAACAGUGUAUAAUUUCUAUAGUAGGUUUACGGUACUGUUUGAUGGUUUUUAUUGUAGCUCUAUCAACAUUCACUUUGAACAUGGCAAUACACUUUAAAAUAAAGAAAAAAAAUAGCAUGUGUCCAAAGUGUGAAAACAAAAUCAUACAGUAAUGGAGAGUAUGAAAACUGAGGUACCACUGCAUCCAUCCAUCCAUCCAUCCAUCCAUCCAUUCAUCCAUCCAUUCAUCCAUCCAUCCAUCCAUCCAU